GGUCUGAAACGGGGGCGAUGUGCGCGAUGGCGCCCUGGGCAGAGACGGCUGGACGGGGUCAGCGUGGUCCGGGAUCAGAAAGGCGCUAGUUACCGAGCAGAUGGUUCCUCCUGACUCGGAGACCUGCGGGCGUGGGCGUGUCGACGAAUGUUCCGGUGUAGAGGGAUGUCAUGGCGGGCGGGGGGUCGGUCAAAGGAGGGCCCCGGUAUAUAAGGGGAAAGAUAAGGCAGAUACACAGUUUCUAAUCACGCCGAUAUCAUCGGGUCGGAGCACCGCUUGGAAAGUGCAGACGUCACGACUCGUCCCAGUCUGCUGCCCGUCGGAGAAGCCAAAAUACAACUGGGCCAUUUCCCACCACAUCGCGGGCAAGAUAUGUACAUGGCCAGUGGAGACGGAGCACUGCGAGCAAGUGGAAGAUCAAGGGCUGGAAACGAAGCCCCAUAUAGCCACCCCACAUCUUGCAAGGCCUUUGUCUUGACUUCUUGCGCGGCGAAGAAGUGAGCAUGAGAAACAAGGGGUUGAUCUCAAGGGACUGUGCAUGAUGAUCAAUCGACAUACUUUACGGCCUCGUCCCAUCAGCACAGUCUGGCAAGCUGAUGACUUGAGGCUGUUUUUCCUUUUUCCUUUUACAAAAAUCAAUCACGACUCGCGACGGGAUAAUGCCAAGCCGCGAAAGACACAUUUACUGCGGGUGACAGGGUAGGAAAUGACCGGUGAUGACGUAUUGCACUUCUCCCUCAGCGUUCAAUUCGGCUUUGGUGGAGCUGCUGUGAAUGCAGAAAGAUGCAGUGGGAGUACCUUACUGCGAGGUUAGUGGCCACUGAUUGGAUAUCCUUAUGCAAGUAUAUAAACCCUUCUGCCUGUUUUAAAUCUCUCUAUCCCAACCCACCCUUUAUCAACCAAGAACAAGUAACAAUGGGUCUCUUCCACCACCACGACGAACCUCCCAAGCACCAAGGCCACAAUGGCCCUCCUCCUCCCCAGCAGAACUUUGGCGGUCCCCAAGGUGGGCCCCCUCCCCAGCAAAACUUUAACGGACCUCAUGGUGGUCCCCCUCCUCCCCCCCAGAACUUUGGCGGGCCUCAUGGCGGCGGUCCUCAGGGUGGUCCUCAGCAAGGUUUCGGAGGUCCUCAGGGUGGUCCUCAGCAAGGUUUUGGCGGGCCCCAGGGUGGUCCUCAGCAAGGCUUUGGUGGGCCUCAGGGUGGGCCCCAUGGUGGACCCCAAGGUGGAUAUGGCGGCCCCCAGCAGCAGGGCGGUUUUGGAGGUCCUGGGAGGUACUAGAUUGACGGGUUGUGCUAUAAUGCAAAAUAUGGCGAGAUCAAGAGGGUGUAAAGUUGUAACGAUAUGAAUGGAACUGGAUAACUGG